AUGUUGCGGGGCGUCGCUCGUAGAUUUUAUGCCACACAGCAGAGGGCUCUCGGUACAUUACGGCGGCCGAGUCGAUCUCCGUUGGUAUAUGUCUCUCCGGAGAGGAUCCGCUCCCAGCCGGCCAUUCAGUCACCAAAGGGCCGAGGUCUGGCUACAGUCUCGGACGGCGAGAAGAACGCCGCUCCUACGCCACGGGAUGGGCCUAUGAGAGAAUAUGAUGUGCGUGUGCGGGAUGGGAGACUGAGAGAUGACGAAUAUCAGAGAGGGAUCAUCCAAAAUCUGCAGGACCUCUUCGAGGCACUGAAAGAUUACCACCAGCCUAAAGUUGUUCACCCAGAGCCCGAGUCUCUGCACCCUGAGGCAACGUCAUCUUUCUUCGGGUCUUUGUUCGGCGGUGGCGUGAAGAAGCACGAAAAGUCCGCUGUCCCCGAUAACCUUCCGAAGGGACUGUACAUGUAUGGCGACGUCGGGUGCGGUAAGACGAUGUUGAUGGAUCUGUUCUUCGAUACGCUACCGCCGAACAUCAAGAGUAAGACGCGCAUUCACUUUCACAACUUCAUGCAGGAUGUACAUAAGCGCAUGCACGUAGUGAAGAUGAAGUAUGGAAAUGACUUCGAUGCACUGCCGAUGGUUGCGGCCGAUAUUGCCGAGCUCUCAGGCGUGCUUUGCUUUGACGAGUUCCAGUGUACGGAUGUAGCCGAUGCUAUGAUACUGCGACAGCUUCUUGAGCACCUCAUGUCCCACGGCGUUGUUCUCGUCACCACAUCCAACCGCCAUCCAGACGACCUGUACAAAAACGGCAUUCAGCGCGAAUCCUUCAUCCCAUGCAUUAACCUCCUCAAGACCGAUCUGCACGUCAUCAACCUCAAUUCCCCAACAGAUUACCGCAAAAUCCCUCGGCCUCCAGCUGCCGUCUAUUACCAUCCGCUGGGCGAGGCCGCACAGCAGCACGCGCAGAAGUGGUUCGAGUUCCUGGGUGACCCUAUCGAUGACCCGCCGCAUGCAGACUCGCAAGUUGUCUGGGGCCGCGAAAUCAAUGUUCCCUGUGCUAGCGGCAAGGCUGCGAAAUUCACCUUCCAGGAGCUUAUCGGCGCGGCCACGGGUGCAGCCGACUACCUCGAGCUCGUCCGGCAUUACAAUGCAUUCAUUGUCACAGACGUUCCAAGAAUGAACCAUACCCAACGUGAUCUGGCGAGGCGUUUUAUUACCUUUAUUGAUGCGGUAUAUGAGAGCCGGGCCAAAUUAGUUCUCACGACCGAAGUACCCUUAGCAGACCUUUUCAUGUCCGAACCUGAUACGAAGAAAGGCUCUAAAGGUGACGGUGGCGACCACUCAGAUCUCUCCGAUGCAAUGCGCAACCUAAUGGACGACCUUGGUAUGUCUGUGCAAACGCUGAAGAGCACGUCUAUUUUCAGUGGUGACGAGGAGCGGUUUGCGUUUGCGCGUGCGCUUUCCCGUCUUUCUGAGAUGGGAAGUAAGGAGUGGGUGGAGCGCGGAUCGGCGCUUGAAAGGACUCCUGCGCAGAAUAAGGAGGAUCGGGAGGCUUGGCAAAAGACGAGGAGUCAUUGGAGUGAGGAUAAUAUGUAG